UGAUGAACGGGCAUAGACGAGCUUAAACGAGCAGCAGCCGCCACACCGUUGCAACGCUCAUCCUGCCCAGCCCGAGACAUGCCCUUUUGCUUAGCCCCACCUACUCCUCCACCGCUGCCAGCCUAUAUUCCUCCAUCAUGCCCCCCAGCCUGCACCCCCAUCUGAGACAGGCGCUGGCCACCGACGACUUCUACCUCCCCCCUCAGGAUACCAUCGAAGAAUUGCCCCUCGAGCACCAUGACCCCGAGCAACGAGCCGCGAAGCGACGACGGGUCGAGGCAAUUGCCGCCCAAUACCUACGAGGCCGGCCGCCUGUCAUCCUCACCGCGGGGCUAAGAGGACCAUUCGACCCCGACAACUGGAAGAACCCAUGGACGAAACCGACAAAAGAGAAGCGCAAGACAGCACAGGCGAGCAACACGAGACGGAAACAAAGCAGCAGGCCACAGGCUGUAGCGCAAAGUCCGGCGCCCACGAUAGCCUCGAUAGCUUCACCGGAAACCUCGAGGGCUACCAGAGACAUCCACCUAAGUGCCCAGGAGCCCGACGAUAGCCUUGACCAGGUCCAGGUUGCACCCUCGACUGCUCCAUUAGCAGAUGAAGACGAUAUUGGCGCCACCACUACUACAGACUCUUUUAGCGUAGAUGCUGGAACAUGCAUACGCCGCCAAACUCCCUCGACGAAUCCUUUCUGGUUGCGCCGCCCUGACUCACCUCGUGUCGAUAUGCGCAAAGCCACAAGCAAACGAUGCGAUUCAUCACCAAUGCGGUCUCGGACGCGGCAUACGCUCUCACAGACUGAAGCAGUGGCAGAGCUGCGCAUCAGUUUUCCAAAAGAGACAGUGCGCGUGUCAAGGUCGCCGCCAAAAGAGACGUUAUCCGCGAACUGGAAGUCGAGUGCUUCGGCUUCUAUGGACAUUUCAUCACCCGUUGUAUAUUGUUAUGACACAAGGAGUGGGAGGGAUUACACGAUGCAGACUGCCUGCACGCCAUACAGCACCGAACAGGCGCAGCGCUCGCAGCGAACCAUCCCAAUAGUCACAUCGUCAAUGGGCAGCCAAGUCACAGUUUCAAGAGAAGAUAUACAACGCUCCGCGGAGCAACUCGUUGACUCCAUGUCUAACACUGGUAUCUUGACGAUAUCAUCACAGCAAUCAAAGCGGAGCAUAUCACGCAAAACUCCCAAAUUCACACAACAGGAUGACGUUGCCUCUCCCGUCUCUGUUCCAUCACCUGCUUCUGCACAUCAGAAGAGAGCGCAGGCAGACGUUGGCAACAGACCCAACAGACCAAAGCCAAGAGCUGUCAACUUUGAUUCUUCACCAGAGAAAGGUUCACCCAUUGCAAAGAAAUGUCACGAAGAGGCAUGGGCUGUCGAAAAUGCUCCAGACGCAGAGAAAAAACAGAAAGAAGAAGAGCAGGAAGAAGAGGAGGAGGAGGAGGAGGAGGAGAAGGGAGAGAGUGCAGUGGCUCCAAAAACAGCUAAGACCAAAGAUUCACCAGACCAGGCCGAACCACUUCAGGAAAGCCAUUCAGGCCAAGGCUCGGAAUGGUGCACACAAGCUGCCAUGGUACGAGCUCAACUCGAGUUCCAGCAAAGCACGUUCCCCACAUUGUCGCCUGUCACCAUUCGAGCAGAGUCACCAGUAUCGCUAGAUACACGUCAUCGGAUAUUGGAUGCACCAAGCGCAGCGACAACACCACGUAUAGCCAUGACCGUCGAGCGAAACUCGGCAAUGGCAAAUGAAAGUAUGUUUCGUGGACCGCCGAUCAGCACACAGGAUCUCUUUGGGGCAGCGUCGCCCUUUACAUUUAGCACGGCGAAGAAGAAGAAGACGGAGGAAAGCCAGCGAAGCAACUCAAGGUUUUCAAUGGGACGAAGUGACGUUGGAGCACUAAAGCAAGGCGACGUGACGAACAACAGCCCCACCCCAUCGGCGGGGCGGAUCCCCCUCAAGGACAAGAACACGACGACAUCAUUCUGGAGUUUCGUGUCAGAGAAGGCUUCACAGGGGUCGCAAAGGUCUGUGGGGGAGCGAUCGAGGUGUUCGGCGAGGGAGAGAGAGUUUCCGGGCUUGCACCUUGAUGCGUCAGUCGACGACUUUGGCCGGCACUAUGCAGCGCCAUUUGUAAGAGGCAUAGAGGACGGGCGACGGGCAACGUAAUUGCAAUGGUAGAGUACGGAGGCAGGCAGGCAGGCAGGCAGGCAGGGCAAGAUGAAGCAGGCGGUGAGAGGCCACGUUCCGGAGUGAUUGGUUGCGAAAGGGGAGCGGGAAGGGGACCAUGCAUAGUUGCUGCAAGGGAAGGGACGGUGGUGGUGUUGUGCAGAUAGCAGAUGACGAGAUGGAGAAGAUAGUCGAGCAGAGAUACGAGGAUGCAGUUUGCCAGCGGGGACCGCGCCAGAGGAGCGAGGAGCGUGGGCCUAUGGUGAAAGCAUGUGUAUGUGUGU